GCUUGUGGAACAGAUAACACGCAGGUGUCAGCAGAGAGGGAGAUAAGGACAUCGCCUGCUAGAAAGAAUCCGAUUAUAUACUCAGAUCCCUGCGGGUUUCAUCUCGGUCCUUGUGUAAGAACUGACGCCUAACUUGCCGAUGCUCUUGUAACGGGACCGGUGCUACCGAGGAGGUUUUCUCAUCGCGUGCGAUAUUAAAUAAACGAAAAGCGGAUACGUGGAAAUCUUAUUGACAAUAAAUGCAAAUAUUCCCAGAGGAACUUUAUAAGGGCGAAUGAAUUGCGCAGUGGAGGACGCCUGGAUUCAUCUAUACUUGGAAGUUUUGACGUCGCGCUGGAUUCUGGGAUUGCCGUUCGCUUUUGCUCAUGGAUUAUCUCUCAUUAUGACGUCCUCAUUCAUUCCAAGAUUCUGGACAACACGUCUGAACAACCGCGUUGACCUCACGCCCCUAAAAUAAUGGAUGGUGAUGGAAACCCUUCCAACGGUGCCUCCAGACGUAGCAGCAGGGGUCGGUUCUCUUUAUCCAGCAGGGGUUCCUCGCCGAAAACUAUCCUUCGGGAGGAACGCGGUGGAGAGGAGGUGAACAAAAGGCUGCUUUACAUUGUCAACCAUCACCCGGACCAAACUGACUCUGUGACCCAUGCCGCCUCCAAAUCUCUUGAAGUUACGGCGUGUUUAGAUGGAUCCACCACCACGGUGACCUCGUCCCCUCCGCCCAGCCUCCACAAAUCCAUGUGUGAGUCACCGGGGCCUGCUCGGUCCCCUCUGCCGUGCAAAUCGGAGGAAAGGGUCUACGCCGACCAAUCCACGUUUCUCCAGAGACAGUUCGGCUCCCUGCUUCAGCCGGGGGUGAACAAGUUCUCGCUGCGAAUGUUUGGCAGCGCAAAGGGCGUAGCAGACGAGCAGGAAAGGAUCAAGGCGUUUGGGGUGUGGAUUAUACAUCCAUAUAGUGACUUCAGGUUUUAUUGGGACUUGGUGAUGCUUUGUCUGAUGAUGGGAAAUCUUAUCAUUCUGCCAUGGGGCAUCACCUUCUUCGAAGAUCAGAACACUCUGCCCUGGAUCACUUUUAAUGUGGCCUCCGACACUCUUUUUCUAGCGGACCUCGUCUUCAACUUUAGGACGGGCAUAAUGGAAGAAGAAAACUCAGAGAUCAUCCUGGAUCCGGAUGUGAUCCGUCGCCGCUACCUGCGUGGCUGGUUUAUGGUGGACCUCAUCUCUUCCAUCCCGGUGGACUACAUCUUCCUGAUUGUGGAUAUAGAAGCUCGGCUUGAGGCGGCGGAGGUGUACCGUACCGCCAGGGCAUUGCGCAUUGUACGCUUCACCAAGAUCCUCAGUCUGCUCCGAUUACUGCGCUUGUCAAGACUUAUACGUUACAUUCAUCAGUGGGAGGAGAUAUUCCAUUUGACCUAUGACCUGGCCAGUGCAGUGGUUCGCAUUGUGAAUCUGAUCGGAAUGAUGUUGUUACUGUGUCAUUGGGACGGCUGCUUUCAGUUCAUGGUGCCCAUGUUGCAAGACUUUCCUCCGGACUGCUGGGUCUCCAAAAACAACAUGGUGAACUCCACAUGGGACGUCCAGUACUCGUAUGCCCUCUUUAUGGCAAUGAGCCACAUGCUGUGUAUUGGGUAUGGAGCCCAGGCCCCUGAGGGGCCGACGGACGUCUGGCUCACCAUGAUCAGCAUGAUCAUUGGUGCCACCUGUUAUGCCAUGUUCCUGGGCAAUGCCACCAACCUGGUGCAAUCACUGGAUGCCUCCCAUCGACAGUACCAGGAGAAGUAUAAGCAGGUGGAGCAGUACAUGUCCUUCCAGAAGCUGCCUGCUGAUAUUAGACAGAGGAUUCAUGAUUAUUACGAGCAUCGCUUCCAGGGCAAGAUGUUUGAUGAGGAGAAUAUUCUCGGAGAGCUCAGCGAUCCACUCAAAGAGGACAUUGUGAACUAUAACUGCCGUGGACUUGUGGCAAACAUGCCCCUUUUUGCGAAUGCUGACCCUCAUUUCGUCACGGUACUGUUGACGAAGUUACGCUUCGAGGUCUUUCAGCCAGGUGACAUGGUCAUUCGAGAAGGGUCGCUCGGUCGGAAAAUGUAUUUCAUUCAGCAUGGCUGUGUCAGCGUGAUCACACAUGACAGUAAAGAGAAGCAACUGAAUGACGGCUGUUACUUCGGGGAGAUAUGUUUGCUGACCCGUGGACGUCGUACAGCGAGCGUCAGAGCCGAGACCUACUGCAGACUUUAUUCUCUCAGUGUGGACAGCUUUAAUGAGGUUUUGGAGGAGCAUCCGUUAAUGAGGAGAGCAUUCGAGAGUGUGGCCUUGGACUGCCUGGACCGAGAAGGAAACGGUUUUGUGAACUCGCCCAAAGCCCCGGAGGACGACGGAGACUGACAUAUUCUUUGCAUGAUCCCUUUCGUUCACCUCUGUGAACCUUCACUUACCAGAGAUCUAAGAGACUAGAUUGGCGCAGAGAAUAGUGUUCAUGCAAACAUAUUUUGUGAUGCCUUGACAUUAAUGACGUUGUACAGUUGCAGUAUGGUGUAAUAUAUCUAAUUGAAUUAUUUUUAUAAUCGUAAUAAUUCCAUGUCUAGGAAUAUACAUUUAAACAGGCUUUUAGUUUUAAUGAUGCCUAAUUGAUGAUUCUAGAGCUGCUGGAUCCAUGAAACACUUUUCUUUCAGGUAAUGAGCUAGCAGAGAUUCUUUGAUCGACGUGGUAAAAUAUCUAUGCAGAAAUCUAUUAUAAGACUAAAUGAGUCGUAGACAUGCAACAUGCUUAGACAUCUCAAACGUUCAUGUAAUGUAAAUUUAUUAAUUUACCCAGCAAUAGGUAACAGUACUAGUAUUUUUGGUUGACUAGCCCCGAUAAUUUGCCCCCUUAAAUUUGCAUUGAGCAAAAUGACCCAGCAUAGCCCCUCAACUGAUCAAUGCAUCAGACUAAAACAGUGUUCAGUUCUGGAUGAUUGUCAUAUUGCUGGUCAUACGUCUUUAGAUAAAUGGCUGGUGGAGGUAAUCAAAUAAACAUAUCAAGAUGAUAUGACAUGAGAUAGUCUCAUGAGAUCUCAUAGUGAUAUGACCGCUGUGUAUCUGCUAUCCUGAUUGAGCACUUAUGAAAAAUGUGAGAAUUAUAUUAUGAAAAGGCCUUACUAAGCUGGGACAGUCUGCCCAGUGUCGUCUUAACUUGAAAUAAGUAUUAAACAACAUGACUCACAUAAUCACAGAUUAAACUCAUUUCAGUCUGACCCGACUCGUAGGUCACAAUCAGUCCUCAUGGAAAAAAGCCUUGUGUUGUACUUUAUAGGAUAAUUUGUUUGAUCAAGAACUUUUUUUUAAAUAAUUUUUGUUAACCAUGUUGUUGCCCUACAUAAUAAUUAUAACGAUAGGAUGCAUGUCGAGUAUUACAAAGUAGUUGGGAUAAAAAGCACAAUGUAUAUGUAAACGGAUGUGAUUGGAAAAGUAAAGCGCAUUUUUAUUUUGUUUUGUAAAUAAUCUGAAUAUAAAUGUUAAAUUCAACUAUAAUGUUGUAACCCUGUUGUUUACAGGUAACAACAGUUCACAGAGAUGGAGUAACUGCACUGCACUUUUUACCGGUCUGUUGUCACCUGUAUAGUGAAAUUGUAACCACUAGGUGGCCACAAAGAUUUUAUUCUUACUAGAACAGAUUAUUCUUAAUUAUG